GGAAACAUAUUAACGUAGUUGGAGUCGAUGCACAAUUGUACUGAGAGAGAAAAGGGGUUGGAUGCGUUCUUGCACGUAGUCCCAGAGUACACGCCCACUCCGAUUCCUGCCGUGACGUUUUCUGUCUUGUCAUAUUUACAACAACGAAUGUUUCAGUCGAAUAUGCAGCUAAACAUUUCACAUUUGAGGUAAGCCGGACACCAGUUCUCACAGAACAUGGACAGCAGGUGGUUUAUUGGACAUGAGAGGAUUCCCCCUCCGAAGGAGGAGACCUCCAGCUCUUACAGCAGCGUCCCGAGGCGUUGCAUUACUAUUAACCUGACUGAAAUGCUUCAAGCUGACAAACCCAGUCGAGCGAAGAAACCAAUUCCGAUCCGCCCCCCUAGCCCCAGAGUAUCUUUGCAGGGGGAGAAAGGGUUCCAUCGCGGCCUCUCCUGUGAACCCACGCCUAAACCCAUUAUCCGACAACGAUCCCGCUCUCUGCCGUCCGCUACGGAGAAAAAGAAGCAAUGCCGAAAUGUGGGCGUACGCUUUGUUGAUUCUUUGGGCCUUGACCUGGAAAACAUAAAGCUUUUCAAAUCUGGCGAAGAUCCAUCUGUACCACAUCAUGUUGCCUUUAAAUUGUUGAUGGGUGCAGAGUUGGCAGAUGGAAGGCAUCUGGAGAUAUCCUUGCCAUAUUUAAAGCCGGUUUUUGCCCAACAACCUGGCGACCAGCACGGAUUUGUGCAUCGUCUUUUUGAGCAGAAAGUGUGUCUUGAAAGAGUCUUGUGUUUUGAACUGGGUGUCAUCGGAAUCACCCAAGUCCUCAAUGUGGAUUUUGAGAAAGAUGUCAUAGCUCGCUAUUCAUUUACAGACUGGAAGAGCUGCACAGAAACAAAGGCCUCUUGGAUUUCCACCAUGACCAAGACCGGGGAAAGAGGAGAGGGCCAAGUCAGUUGUGAUACAUUUCGUUUCCACUUGCCUGUUCCUCCAUUCCUGCAGCCAGGAGCAGUGUUACAGUUUGCCAUUCGAUACAAAGUCUGUGGCGCUGAAUACUGGGAUAACAAUGAUGGAGAGAAUUAUAAGUUAGUUUGCCAUAACUACAAGCUCAGCGUUCCCAAAGAAUGCGAGGAUAGUAUGGUGCACUUUAUUUAGGAUGCCGACUUAAGGUAGAUUCAAUCUAGCAUUUUAGAGCAUUUUAAGUUGGUGGUCAGAAAGUCCUAAAUAUGCAUAACUGCAUUGUGACAUGUACUGUUUUUCAACUAACAGAGAAUUUCUUUGAAUUAAGUUAAAUUCAAGCUAAGCAGUCACAUCUAGUAUCAAAGUAUGGUGAACAAUACCACAAACAAUAAUGUACUUCUACCUUAUGCCCAGUACUGUAACUACUACUUUUUUUAUUUUAAAUGCACUCUAUAAUUUUGUUUUCCUAGAUUAAAAAAAAUAAAAAUAAAAAAAAGUGAAAAAAUCCCUUUAGUAUGGAUGAACAUAGUACGGUUUUUAUACAGGUUUGAUCUGUGCAGAACGAUUUUGCUGUUGGAUUUUAUCAGACUUAUCAUAUCGGGCACAGUGUAAAUAUACCUCACAGUAUUUAGAGUAUUUUUUAAUCAAAUGUUGUCAAACCAAAUGCCAUAACCAUGCAAUACAUACAAUUUUAAUGAAUCACUGAUGUGCAUUUUGUUUUCCAAUAAAGCACAGUUCGAAAUAAUGUUAAGCUUGUUAUUAUUUGUGGCUGUGUAAUUUAUAUCCCUAUUAAAUGCUGUUGUUAGCUCCAAGCAAUUUCUUUUAUUAGCCUUCAGUUGACAAACUACUGUGUUAGGUUUUGACCAGGCGAUGUUUUGAUAGAUCGUUGUUUUCUGGCAGAAAGCCACGAAGUCACCGUACUGCGGACUUGUGGAAGGCAUUGCGCAUGCGCA